AUGUCUAAUGUNCAUACUUCACCAAGCUUCCUCUGCCUACAGGAGUUACAGGCCCCGAUUGUAUUGCCUUUGACCCCCUGGGUGGAGGACCUUACGCCGGUGUCGGAGAUGGCAGAAUUCUCAAGUGGCAAGGUCCAGGUGUUGGAUUUCAGGAUUUCGCCUACACUUCACCAAAUAGUGAUUUCUUCUGACCCAUAUCCAUACUUCACCAAGCUUCCUCUGCCUACAGGAGUUACAGGCCCCGAUUGUAUUGCCUUUGACCCCCUGGGUGGAGGACCUUACGCCGGUGUCGGAGAUGGCAGAAUUCUCAAGUGGCAAGGUCCAGGUGUUGGAUUUCAGGAUUUCGCCUACACUUCACCAAAUAGGUAA